AUGCGUAUUCCUAUCCAGCGCCUACCCCCGUCGCAUAUUGCCUCGGAGCCUCCAGUUGGAGAUGGCGAGACCAUAACUCUCAUCCACGCGACGCUGCUGAUCCCAGGCCGCGGAGAGCCUAUUCACAAUGGACUGCUGGCUAUCAAGGGCAGUAAAAUCGACUGGGUUGGCACAUAUCUCGACCUUCCAGCCAAGUAUAAAGGCAUCACGCCAAAGCAUGUUCCAGUCCUGAUGCCAGGCCUGUGGGACUGCCACGUUCACUUCAUGGGACUGGAACUUACCGGCGCAGCUUUAGAAGGCGGAGGCAAUGCCUAUCUCCCUGGUUUCAAUGCGCUAGCUGGCGCCAUCUCGGUGGAAGACCUGAAGAUGACGCUGAUGGCGGGCUACACAUCGGUGCGAGAGCUCGGCGGCUAUGGAUGCGAUCUCUGGCCCGGCGUGCAGAACGGCCCCUUGGUCGGUCCCAAUAUUUACUCAGCAGUUGCUCCGCUAUCCAUCACCGGCGGCCAUGGAGAUGAUCACUCCUCACCGAUUCAGACCGUCCUGGAUGCCAUGAACUGCGGCGGCUCUCCCAUUGGCGUAUGUGACGGCGUCGACGACUGUGUCAAGACGGUUCGAAAAAUGAUAAGACGAGGAGCUCGCUGCAUCAAAGUAUGUUCCAGCGGAGGGGUCCUCAGCCUCAACGACAACCCGGAGGAUCGCCAGUUCUCAGACGAAGAGCUCAAGGCCAUAGUGGACGAGGCAGCGCGGAGCCGACGAGCCGUCGCAGCUCAUGCUAUAGGCAAGGCUGGCAUCUUGGCCGCGCUCCGAGCCGGCGUCAAGUCGAUCGAGCACGGCAUGUACAUGGACGAAGAGGUGGCCGACCUCAUAUUGGAAAAAGACGCCAUCUUCGUCGCUACUCAUCACAUUGUUCGGACCCUGGCGCGAGAUUACGUCGACGAACUACCGCUUCCGGUCAAGCGGAAGCUGCUUACCGUCAAUGAGAAGGCCAGAGAUUCGUACAAACUGGCCAUCAAGAAAGGCGUCAAGAUUGCUCUGGGAACCGACAUGCUCAACAGUGCCAGGACGUCUGCCCUCUCGCACGGCAAUAAUGCAAAAGAGCUCACGUAUGCGGUAGAGCUGGGCAUGUCGCCUCUCCAGGCCAUCGAAUGCGCAACGGCAAACGGCCCAGAGACGCUCGGAGGCAUGGCGCCCCUGAGCGGCCAGCUCAAAAUCGGGUACGACGCCGAUGUGAUUGCCGUUGCCUUGAAUCCGCUAGACGACAUCCGCGUCUUGACGGAUCCCGGCAACGUCACGCAUGUGUGGAAGGGUGAACAGCACUUGCGCGCACAGCUUGAACUCCUCCAAAACCACGACCCAGCUCCGUCGUCCGCCUCGCCCAAUCCGAGCGCGCGCGACCCUCGAGGCCCUCCAUCGCGGCCGCCGAAUGGAUACGACGUCCUGGCAGCAACAUCGCAAGACGUCGCCCGCCCUGUACUCGCCAAGCUAGACGCUGAAGCGCACAUCCACCCUGAUCUUCGAGCCUCCGUCGGCCACGCGCCAGCUCCCAACAUGAUGCCCAUGGGCCCUCCUCCGGGGCACAGCCCUGUCGCAACCGGUCCCGGUCCUUCAGCCGUGCCGCUGGCCCCCGCGCCGCCUCAGCAAAUGGCCAUGGACGAUGCCAACUCCAACGAUGGCCGCAAGGCGAAGCGCGAGCUGUCGCAGUCCAAGCGCGCCGCUCAGAACAGAGCCGCACAGAGAGCUUUCCGACAGCGCAAGGAGGGUUAUAUUAAGAAGCUCGAGCAACAAGUUCGUGAGCUUGCAGAACUAGAGCAUUCAUAUAAGUCGAUGCAAUCCGAGAACUACGCUCUCCGAGAAUAUGUGAUUCACCUGCAAUCCCGACUUCUUGACACCCAGGGCGAAUUCCCCCCGCCCCCUCCAAACGUCAAUCUCUCGCAGCCUUCAUCUGCUGCUCCUCCUCCGCCACCCACGAUCCCUGAGCAGCACCAUCAGCCGCAUCAGCAACAGCAUCAACACCAAGCACCGCCGCCGCCGCAACAGCCUCCCAACAGCAGCAAUUCCGGUGUAGGCACCCCCCUCGAGGCCGUGGCGCAGGCCGUCGCGGGACUAACCGCCCAGGAGCAAAUGGUUGAGCGAUCGCAGACCUAUCCCAGCCCACCAUUCAAGUCCGAUCAGCCAGGCGAACGAGAUGGCAAUCCCCACCCAGCUUCGGAGGACUUGAGCAGGCAACUGAAUCCUGAAGAGCGACCAGCCCAAGCUUAG